GCUCCCCCCACCAUUUCCCUUUUCGGUUCGAUUUCUCUCCUUCUCUCUCUCUCUCUCCCUUGUAGUUUUGGGGACGCAUCAAAAUCCCCAAUUCCCUCGCUUACCACCACCACCUCUGCGAAAGCCUCUUCCGAAUCGAGAGAAGGGAUCCUUGUUCGGAUCAUCGUUCUUGGUCCUCCAUGGAACGAGGCCCUCUUCUUCCCCACGAGAUCGACGAAAAUGGAGGCGACGCAGGAAAUUUGCGUCGGAAGGCGAUAGUGGCGGCAGGGGCGAUUACGAGGAAGAGGCUAUCGGACAUUACGAACACGGGGAGGAGGCUCGAAAGUGUCGGCGAGGACGAUGACAAAGAAAACCCUAAGAUCGCGCCUUGCGCCGGCGCAAAGGACUACGUUGAGCUGAUGAAGGAAAAUACCGCUCUCAUGAAGCUUCUCGCGGAACGAAAUAAGAUUAUAGAAGCAAGCAAUGUUGAGCUGCGGAAGCUUCGGUUCGCGUUCCAGAAAGCGAAACAACAGAAUUGGCAGCUCGCGCAAGCUAACACUCAGAUGUUAAUGGAACUCAACUUAGGGAAAGAUAGACUCAAAACAUUGCAACAUGAACUGGCGUGCACGACAGCAGUCCUUAGAUUGAAGACUCUAGAACUCGAGGAGAAGAACAAGGUGAACAGGCAACCGUCUGAGAGCGUCUGCUUUGAGGUUUCGGCAAAACUGGCACAUUUGAAAGAUUCUGAUGUUGCAGCAGGCGCAUCUCAUCUAGACGGUAGCAAGUACUUCAAUCCAGAUAGGAAUUGCAUUGGAGAAACUCAAUCUUCAUUACCUAUGGCCAUAACCCAUCAAGAAGAAGCACGAGAAGAAAAAAAAGAUAGAAGGAAGUCUUUGAGAAGGAGGUCCUGCAGUUUGAAAUCUGAGUCAUGUGAAUCUAUGGAGGACUCCUUUAAGAUGGAGGAUUCCAUAAUUCCAGAUUGCUCAAUAAUUGGCGAGCCCUUAAAUGAAGGAAGAAGAAAGUCUUUAAGAAGCAGAUCGAGUAAAUUGAAAUCCGAAUCACACGAGUCGAUGGAGGACUCGUUCAAGAUAGAGGACACCGAGGUUUCGUCUUGCUCUCUUUUCGUGGAGCCUCUGCGAAAAGAUAAUCAUACUCAGCUGGACUCUGCAACUCCCUCCUGUUCAAAUACAAUCAUUGAGCAAGGAAAGAGUGAAGAUCAAAAGGACGCGAAUGAGUCCUCAAAAUUACUUGAAGGGGCCCGGAGAUCUUUAUCUGGAAGGCCCUUGCGCAGGGCCGCCGAGAAGGUCAGCUCUUACAAGGAAAUGUCUCUGAAAAAGAAAAUGCGGCGAGUUGUGUAAGAGGGCUCAACCUACUACUGCUUGUAAUCUUUCAGCUGUGCGACAACUGUGAUCUGGUUGUUUCAUGUAGCUUGUAAUUUCCACUUGCUUUUCUUUUUUGUACCUUUUCUGUAGACUGGCGUUAAAGCUAACUUUUCGAUGCAGCUAAAUAUUACUAACUGAUUUCUCCA